AUGUUCAACAACUUGAUACAAAUACCCUUCCGAAUAUGCGAUGCAAAGCCGCUUCAUGACAUUCUUGCUGAUUUCAUCAAAAGAGACUAUUUUCAGCCGGUGACGUCAUUCGGAGAUGACCUCAAGUACGCACAGCAUCUUCAGAACAGUUUAGCGGUGUUAUCACGCGAAGAAGCACCCGACAUUGAGCAUUUUGAGAGCACCUUGUAUAAUUACUACCACUUCCUUUCCGAUGUCAACAACAAAUUCAUGGAUGACUGUGUAGAGUUCGAGUGGUACGGCACCCUUCGGUACCAGCCCAAGCAUUGCUCCUUUACUUCGUGGAAACAAGAGCAGCUUCAAUUGAUCUACGAAAUGGGCGCUUUAUACUCUUACAAAGCACUUCAUGAAAACGCAUAUACCGAUGACGGUCUUAAGCUGGCUUGCACGUCGUUGAAAAAGGCUGCAGGUUUCUUUGAUGCUUUGCUUAAUCUGAAUAAAGAAUUGCUCCGUGGUGUUCCUGACUUUGACGACGACACGCUUCAGUGCAUCAAGAUAAUGCUCAUUGCACAGGCUCAAGAGUUAGUAUGGCUGAAGGCUGCAAUGGGCAAAACCGUGAAAGACCACUUGAUAGCUCGCUUAUCAAAGAAGGUUUCUGAAUUAUACAAGCAAGCAGCAGAGUACGGUGCUGAGUCGGAUGCAAUUACUCUAGAUUGGAUCAACCACUUCAAGGUCAAGGGAUAUCACUUCGAGGCUGCCGCCCAAUACCGUAUGUCAGUCGUGGCAUUAGAUGGUUUCAAGUACGGUGAGCAAGUCGCCCACUUGAAAGUUGCUUCAAAACUCUGCGAUGAAGGCGCUAAAUACAAACGCUACGUUACUGAACCCGUUGUUGAAGAUCUCCAGGGCUUGACGGAUAUGGUCAAGAGUACACUUAAAAGUGCAGAGAAAGAUAACGACUUGGUGUAUCUUAAGCCGGUUCCAGAUUCCAAAGCUUUGCCAGUUAUCACGGGUGCAUCAAUGGUCGAUGCGGAACAAUCAAAACAAUUUUUCGAAAAGUCCUCUGAGAAUGAGGCCUUCCAGCGUCUUGUUCCGUUCUCCAUUAUCCAAGUUGCCCAGGCGUUCAGAGAACGCCAGGAGGUGUUUGUCAUUGACCAUUUUUACGAGCCACUAAAAGCAUUGACCAGGAUGUUUAACAAGUUCCUUGCUGAGCGAGACCUUCCUGCUUCCAUAGAUGCGAUUCAGAAGCCCGAAACUGUACCGGACUCAUUACUUCACCAUUCUCAGGAAAUCGUUUCCAUGGGAGGUACAAAGCUAAUUGACAGCUCCAUGUUUGAGAUUGGUAAGCUCGCAAAGCAAUGUCAAGAUCUUGUGGACGCUUGUAAUGAGAGACUCUCGAUGGAGAGGUACGAAGAUCACUUGAUGAAGGAGAAGCAAGGAUCUGAUAGGUGGACCAGGGAGCCCUCAAGUGUUGCGGCGUCAGAACUUAGUACGAGGGUAAACAAGAUGGCAUCAUACCUUGAUCAAAGUCUGCAGAGUGAUUCGCUAAUCAUGGACCUGUACCGUGCUAUCAAAGAGGUAUUGUUGGUCUACUGUGGAGGUAAGCAAAAGCUCAUUGGUACAAUUCCACGUUCGUCGCAUGCUCAAGUGAACUCCAGCGUUGGUCAAGUUAUUGGACAACUUCGAGAGCUACUAGCAAGUGGAGACAAAAUUGAACAGAGCAAGCAGCGUUUGAUCUCGUCGGUUGGAGUCAAAUCUAGAGACCAUAGCAUCUUUCCUGUUAUCAUGAGCCAGUAUAAGAAAAACCUGGAGAAGUUCCUAGAUGAAGAGGGAAAAAUCAGCCAUCGAAAGUUCGAGCCGGUGUAUGAAAGUCACAUAAAGGCCUUCAACACCGACCUACAACUUGUCGAUGAUCUCAAACAGAAACAAAUGGACCUUGAAAAGAAAAUACAUGAGAAGAACUUACAGCUUCUCGAGGUGCGCCAGUCCUCCGCAAAUGCAGCUCAUGACAAAAGACACCAGGCAUUACAGAGCUUCGAGGAAGCAUACGUCCAAUAUCUUGACCUUGUUUCCAACCUCAAUCAAGCUUCAAAAUUCUACGCAGAUUUCUUAGAUAAGGGAAACGCUGUGUUGCACGACGUGGACCACUACUUGUAUGAGAGACGAGAGGAGGCCAGAGAGCUCCUGCUCAACAUACAAAAUCAAGACAAAUUACGAGACAUUGAAAAUGCAAUGCAAAAUCAAGGAACACCAUUAGCCGCUCCUCAGAGCCAAAGAGCAUUUAGAGAUCCAUCACAGGAUAUGGACCACCACUGA